GCGAACUCCGGCAACGGCGAGAAGCCCGCUGAGCCGCGCGCGUACUUGAGGGUUUGGGAGACGGUCCUCAAAUCCUUUCUGAACGCUUGCGGCCGCGGGGAGUUCGACGUCACGCCGCCGCGCGAGCCGUGGGGCUCGUGCAAAGUCGAGCAGAAGACGGGGGCCAUCUACGCCACAGAGUUGGCCAGUGACAGCGAUGAGAGGCGCGGGGUCGGCAUCGAUCGCCGGUUGCAAAGCCGGAUGCAAUUCUGCGACUACCUGAAGGGGCAGGAGGAGCGCCGCAAGGGCGGGGUCGACCAGCUCUGGAGCUCCGUGGCGGAGAAUGCCCAGACCGUCGACGUCGACGACUUUAACGAGCGCGCGAAGACCGCGUGGGAGCACAUCGACCCAGGCAAG